AUGGCUUAUCCAACUGGACCUGGACCACCUGGUCAUGGGGUUGUGGGUGCAUAUCAACACCAAACUGCACCUGCUUAUGGCGGAUAUCCAUCUCCACCUGCACCUGCUUAUGGCGGUGGAUACACAUACCUACCUCCACCUGCUUAUGGCGGUGGAUACACAUACCCACCUGCACCGGCUUAUUGUGGCGGGUACCCAGCUUUUGUUCCUGGUCCAUAUGGUCCAUAUAUACCACACACUGCCCCGGCUGCACAGCCAAAGAGUCCUAUCAUUUCUGGUAUUGUGACAGCCGCGAUUGAAGCGCUGGCCAUAGGUGUGUUCAGGGGUGCAGUCACUAAUACUUUGUUUGAUGAUGCUAAUUAA